GGGGGGGGGGGGGGGUGGGGGGGGGGGGGGGUGGGGGGGGGGGGGGGUGGGGGGGGGGGGGGGUGGGGGGGGGGGGGGGUGGGGGGGGGGGGGGGUGGGGGGGGGGGGGGGUGGGGGGGGGGGGGGGUGGGGGGGGGGGGGGGUGGGGGGGGGGGGGGGUGGGGGGGGGGGGGGGUGGGGGGGGGGGGGGGUGGGGGGGGGGGGGGGUGGGGGGGGGGGGGGGUGGGGGGGGGGGGGGGUGGGGGGGGGGGGGGGUGGGGGGGGGGGGGGGUGGGGGGGGGGGGGGGUGGGGGGGGGGGGGGGUGGGGGGGGGGGGGGGUGGGGGGGGGGGGGGGUGGGGGGGGGGGGGGGUGGGGGGGGGGGGGGGUGGGGGGGGGGGGGGGUGGGGGGGGGGGGGGGUGGGGGGGGGGGGGGGUGGGGGGGGGGGGGGGUGGGGGGGGGGGGGGGUGGGGGGGGGGGGGGGUGGGGGGGGGGGGGGGUGGGGGGGGGGGGGGGUGGGGGGGGGGGGGGGUGGGGGGGGGGGGGGGUGGGGGGGGGGGGGGGUGGGGGGGGGGGGGGGUGGGGGGGGGGGGGGGUGGGGGGGGGGGGGGGUGGGGGGGGGGGGGGGUGGGGGGGGGGGGGGGUGGGGGGGGGGGGGGGUGGGGGGGGGGGGGGGUGGGGGGGGGGGGGGGUGGGGGGGGGGGGGGGUGGGGGGGGGGGGGGGUGGGGGGGGGGGGGGGUGGGGGGGGGGGGGGGUGGGGGGGGGGGGGGGUGGGGGGGGGGGGGGGUGGGGGGGGGGGGGGGUGGGGGGGGGGGGGGGUGGGGGGGGGGGGGGGUGGGGGGGGGGGGGGGUGGGGGGGGGGGGGGGUGGGGGGGGGG